UCACCUACGUUCAAGUUCUGUUCUCAUUUGGUUAAUUCAUUAAGCCAGUAGAGUAUAUAAAGCAUAGAUAAAUGUGACAGAACCACAACCAGAGUCCAACAAGACUUUUCUUUUGUUCCACAAUAAUGAAGAAAACUACAGUUCUCCAGGUUUGUGUGGCGUUUGUGCUCUGCUCACUGCAGGCUGUGAUCGCAUCUGCUGUGGACUGUCCAGACCAAGAGACUGGAGGGACUUCUUGUACCAUCUCACUGGAGAAGCUUCUGGAACGAGCCGCUCAACAUGCAGAGCUCAUUUACCGCGUCUCAGAGGAGUCCAAGUUGCUGUUUGAGGAGAUGCUCGUUUCAUUCGGAGGUGUGAAUCUGUAUGUUCCCAGCGGGACCAUGUGUGCUCCAAAAACAGUGUCUAUGUCUAAAAGUGAAAUCCAACAGAUUUCUGACAAAUGGAUCCUUCACUCAGUGCUGAUUCUGAUCCAGUUCUGGACUAAUCCACUGGCAGAUCUGCAGGCGUCUCUUGAGAAUUAUGAGAACGUCUCAAGUGCCCUGCUGAACAGAAGCAAAUGGAUGUCUAGCAAACUAACGAGCCUGGAGCAGGGGGUAGUGGUUCUUAUUAGACAGAUAUUGGGUGACGGUGGUUUGCUGCUGGAGGUUCCCGAAGAGACAUCCGAUCAUGCUGUCUCUUCCGAUAUGCUUGAGACUGUGAGAAGAGACUACAGUGUGCUCUACUGCUUCAGGAAAGAUGCACACAAGAUAGAGACUUUCCUCAAGCUCCUGAAGUGCCGCCAGAUUGAUAAAGAGAAUUGCUCCUUUUUCUAAACUAAAAAAAAAAAAUACAUAUAUGCAAAUUCUUCUGCCAGACUAUUUGAGUGUUUUUAUUCUGCCAAAGUUGGUUUUGCAUUUGCACAAAUAUUAAAACAAAUAUGUUUGCAUGAUUA